UCGAAUUCAACUAUAAAAAUUUCAAAAACUAUGUCAAAAAAAAAGCAAGGAAUGGAUUAUACAAAUUAUAAUUAUAAUACUGCGGUAAGUCGUUUAAAAUUACUUCUAGCAGAAUCAUAUAGUCCAUCAAGUAAAACAUUUUCUAAAGGUGGAAUUGAAGAAUCAGGUGAAGAAACAGAUAAUCAAUCAGUGGAUCGACCAGCUAUAAAUGAAAUUUCAAAAUAUCUUUCACCAAGUUAUAAAGAUCCAAAAGGAUUAUUGAAAAAAUAUAAACCAUUUAGCUCAUCAUUAUCAACAGAUCCAUUGGGAAUUCCCAGUUACACGUCAACUUCUGACUAUUUGACCUCUAAUCCUGUAAUUCCUUCGUCUUCUGCAAUAGCUGGUGAUGGAAUUCAGGCACCAAAAGAAAUACUUAAUUUUAUAGAAAAACAAGAAGAUUACAUUGAACAAUUAGAAAAGGAAUCCAAAUUUUGUCGUAAUGAAUUAUCACAUUUGCUUGGUAAAGUGAAAGAUGUAAUUCAUGAAAAUGAAGCUUUAACCGAACAUGCUAGAUCCGAUUUAGCAAAAUUGACUCGUGAUGCAAGUCAUCACAGAGAUCAUCGCAUUUCUAAUUCAUCUGAAAGUGAAGAUAUUUAUGCAAAACCAGCUAAUAAAAAACCAUCUCGUCAUUUAAGUGGUCCAAAUAUUGUUUUUGAAUCAAAAAUAUCUGAACUUGAAGCUGAAUUAGCACAGUAUAGUAUAGAUUUAAAAAAAGUUAAAGCAGAAAAUGAUGAGCUAAAACGAAAAAUUGCAUCAGGUCAUGGUGGUUCUGGAUCAGCAUCAUCUUUAAUAAAUUGUGAACUUCAUCGUAAACAAAUUGAAAAUUUACAAAAAGAAAAAUUACAACUUGAAGAUGAUGUUCGUCGAUUACAGAAAACUAUUGAUGACAUGAAAUCUGAACAACAAUAUAUAAAUUCAAAACGUCAUAUAAGUGACAUGGCUGUGAUAGAGCGAUCACAACAAGAAAUUGAAAUUAAACAUUUACGUGAUGAAUUAGACCGUCAACAUGAAAGAGUCAGAGAAUUACAACAUGAAAUGGCUCGCCGUGUUUCGGAAGAACGUUCAAAUGCGGAACGUCGUUAUAAUUUACAAGUAGAUCAAUUAGGUGGUGAUUUAAAUAAUCAAUGGGAACAAGUUGCAAAACUUCAAAUGGAAUUAGAACGACAAAAACGUGUUGAAUCUGAUAUGAAACGUGAUGUUUCACAAAAGAAUGCCCAAAUUGAAGAUUUGAAACAGGAACUUAAAACAAAAAGAACAAAUUUCCUAUCAGAUAUUGCUCAAGUAAAUGCUGAAAAACAAUCAUUAGAACAAGAAAUUACCUCAUUGCGUUUACAAUUGGAUCGUGCAGAUAGAGCAGCAAAAAUUGAAGCAGCUCGAUUGAAUGCUGAAAUAAAUUCAUUAAGACAGCGACUAGAUAGAGCUGAUGCAGAUGUUUUACAUGCCAAAAGAGAAAAUUUACGAUUAAGCGAUGAAAUUGCAAGCCUUGAAAAAGAGGUUACUCUUGGUGAAAUGAAGAAUGAAUUAAGACCGACAAGAAAAGAUUUAGACAAGUCAAUAAAUGAGUUACAAGAAAAGCAUGCCGCAACUGUAUCUGACCUUGAAGAAAUGAUACAAAGCCAGCGCCAACUCAUGGAUAAACUGACCACUGAAUGCAAAUCAUUAACUAACAAAUUAGAGGACACUUCACUUAAGCAUAAGAUGGAAAUAGCGGCCUUACAAUCUAACGUAGAAUAUUUAACAAAUAGAGUAAUUAAUAGAGAUUUACUAGAAAAUAAUAGUUCAGUUAAUAACAGUGUUAGCCCAUUUGUUACCAGUUUACCACAAUCAACAGCACCCACAGAAUAUGAAUCACCAAUUGGAACAACAAAUAUCCGACCUACCACUCCUCCAUCAUCAGCAAUCGACACAACGGGACCAACUGUUGAAGAAUACACUCCCAAUCCAAAACAAUUUGAAUAUAAGCGACCUUCAAUUAACCUCGGUAACGCAGGCCCCACAUCAGUUACCACCCCUACAACAAGUGGAUAUGAAUCAACAUCAGCCCGCAGCAUUACCGAACCAGAUACUAGCGUUGAACCAUCAGCAUUCACAUCCUCUACACCUUACACGUACGAACCAGAUGAUGAAAACAGAAAAGAUAUCUAUAGCACAGGAGAAAAAUAUUCCAGAAAUGACAGUGAUGGAGGCGCAACCGUUCCAAGCCGAGCUUCAUUACCAAGGACUACCACGGCAAAUGCAGAUUCAAAACCGGUUACAACCACACCAUACAACAGAAAUCAAUCUCCACAACAGCUUGCCGAUGGCAGCAAGCUCUACGACACAACAAGUGAUGAAAUCAAAAGAUCAACAGAUGACAUGCAGUCAUAUGAACAGCAACCAGCAACAGAUUACAGCCAAUAUGCAAACCAGGGAUAUGAGCAAUAUGAUCCACAACAAUACGACACAACUGGCUAUGAGGGAUAUGAUCAACAACAAUAUGAAGGAGCUGAACAGUAUGAGGGACAAGGAUAUGAUGAACAGCAAUAUCAAGGAUAUGACCAGCAAUACGGACAAGGUGAUUAUCAAACAACAUCCGACCUCAACAAUCAGUUCGAGCAACAAUCAGCCCCAUCUUUGGUACAACAGCAACAACAACACUUACAACAACAGCAACAACCCCAACCACAGCAGCAAACACACCAGCAGCAACAAAGGCCUGCAUUACAAACACAGCAAUCACCGGCGUCUCAGUCAUUAUCUGGAACAGCGACGACAUUACAGCAACAACCCAAAAUUGCAGGUAGUAAGCAAUCAGAAGGAGGCAGCAGAUCUGAAUCGAGAACGGGCCCGAGCACUAUGGGGUAUUCGAAUGAAAGCGGAGGAGGAAGUGGUAGCACAAGCACAGGAGGCGGAGGAAGCGGAGAACGGGGACCUAAAAAUUUACCAAAACAGUCUACCCAGGGUUUUAAAGGAGCAUCCGGAAGCAUGUCUAAAAAUUAAUUUAGAAGAAUCUGAUACAAAUCCAUUAGAUUUGAUACCAGAAUUUACUAUUAGCAGUCCAAGUUUAUUUGAACAAACUUCUGACUCUGACGAAAAUUAUGACGGUUCUUCAGAUAUAAGUAA